GUAAAAUGGAUCCGCAGGGACAGAGCCACGAUCCGGUCCAGCUCGACCUCGAUGCCGUGACACGCCGUCUUGUGCGUCCGACCUUCUUGACGAGCCUCACGCCGAGCCGCCUGCCCAGUCAAGCCGCCUCGGAUGCUUCGCUAUCCCCUCCCCACCAAUCCCCCUCCAAGGCGCACUCGCAUCUCCAGCAGCAUCGCCCUUCCCACCUCCACAAGAUAUCCCUGACCUUUGAAGAUGUGCUGGAGCAGGCCGACCUGGUCGCUCCUCUGAUCCAGGAACCAUCCGUCGACGGCGGCCCUUGCGCCGUUGAGAAGCGCGUGCGCGACACUCUCGACGCCCACUUUCUCGGGGCACGCGCCGCCUUCGCUUCCGACAUCGACAAGAAGACGUCCACCAUCAUGGCUUCGGCAGAUCGCAACUUUCAACCCUUUGCCCACGGCCACCAUGAUCUUGUGCUUGCCGUCGAUUUCAAUUAUUUCGGCACCCGCAUGGUCACAGCCAGUUCCGACCAUCGCCUGAAGGUCUGGGAUAAAAAAGACGAUGCUUGGUCUCUGGUUGAAAGCUGGAAGGCUCACGAUGCAGAGAUAGUCGAUGUCAAGUGGAACGGCCCUUUCAUGGGCGAGGUCAUUGGCAGCAUUGGUGAAGAUGGGCGCUGCAAGCUCUGGCAAGAGGACGUUACCGAAGUGCCCCAAUCUGGCAGUCGCUUCAAGUUGAUCACCAACAUGGGUUCGCGGACCAAUGCACCAUUUGUGUCACUCGAUUUCAAAAACAUCAUGCAGGAAACCUGGCUUGCUCUCAUCACCCGCGAUGGUCUGCUUUUGAUCUACGAGCCUGUCGACCAGAGCAGCCUCAAUGAGUGGUCCGAACUGGCCCAUCGCUGGGUAUGUGGCGACAAUCCUCCAGGCCGACAUGAAGAAGUUGGCUUCAAAGUCGCUUUUCAUAAAGAAAAACUACCCUGCUGGACUGCUAUCAUGGCUGGCUUGGAUCGAAAAUCACUUGGCCUGGCCGUUGCCGCUAUGAACACCGUUACCAUAUUCCGAACCGACAGGUCCAAGCGAUUUUGGCCCGUGGCUAAGCUCGAGGGUGCUCGCCAGAUCAUUCGUGACAUAGCAUGGGCUAAUGGCUCCAUGAGAGGCUACGAUGUUAUAGCGACUGCUAGCAAGGAUGGCGCUAUCCGCAUCUACGAACUGUCGACUCCUCGCUCCGACAAAGUUGCUGCCAGUUCCUCGUCUACUGCCGCCGACGUGGCCUCUGUCUCUUCGCCUGCAAGACAUGCGAGCAAUCAACCGUCUGGCAUCGGCAAAGGCCUUGCAUCUACGUCCAAGGUUGUCGAUCCGGCCCAGGACAAUGAGCAAUCCCCUGGACGCAUCAAGCAGGAAGUGAAACUUGUUGAUGAACUCACGAAUCAUCAUGGUGCGGUCUGGCGGGUCGCUUUCUCUCAGAUGGGCGACUUGCUAGUUUCUACCGGUGAUGAUGCCUCUAUUCGCACGUGGAAGAAGGCUGUGAAUGGUCACUGGGCCGAGUAUGCUGAGAUUGAAACGGCCCGUGAGAACUGA